AUGACGGAUCAUAUAGUGAAGAAAGCACAAGAGUGCUUACCAAAUAUCCCAUUAACAGUUAUAUCCCAAGGAGCAGAAGCGUUAGUGUUCUAUACUGAUGUCCAUCCAUAUGCUAAUGAACCAUAUUUACAAAACCGUGGAAAAUACGUCAUCAAAUAUAGACCAUCCAAACCAUAUAGACACCCUAAGGUAGACAGCAGUAUUACCAAAUCUCGUACUGUGGGGGAAGUAAAGUUCAUGUAUAAGUUAAACAAGUUGAAUAUAAAUUCCCCAAGAAUAAUUCUGGCAGAUUACAAUAACGGCAUAAUUUGGAUGGAAUACAUAGGAUACAGCUUACCUAAUGGAGACGUGAGCUCUUUCAAGAACUGGUUAUGGUAUCUUGAAAGGAACAACCAAGAUUGUACAAGCGAGUCUGUUGAGAAGAUGUGCUUCAAGGUGGGGCAACUUAUUGGAAAACUACACUUACACGAAAUGAUACACGGAGAUUUGACUUCGUCGAAUAUAUUAUUGAAUGAUGAUGAGCCAGUAUUAAUCGACUUUGGAUUGUCAUCAUACUCGGGAUUAGCAGAAGAUAGAGCCGUUGAUCUAUAUGUUUUAGAGAGAGCAAUAACCAGUACGCAUUCUGUAUAUGCUAAGGAGUAUAACCAAUGGUUGUUACAAGGAUACGAGGAUGUCCAUAAGCAUAAAGAAUUUGGCAAACAGGGCCAAAAGAAAUUAGUAGAAGUGUUGAAGAAAUUAGACGACGUAAGAUUAAGAGGAAGAAAGAGAAGCAUGUUAGGUUGA